AUGACGGCCGGCUGGGCGCAGGUGGAGCAGCUUCAGUGCUUUCCCGCUCCCCACAGAAAAAAGCACUCCCACGCGCGCGUCUCAAAGCACGCGCGUCCUUUCUCUUUCCCAGGUGGUCCCAACCGCAUCAACGGUUCUCAAUCCCACCUCGCUUCGCUUGUCUACUACGCCGCCCAACAUUCCAAAAGCGCCAAACCCCAAUAA